GAAGGCUUUCCUUCUUUCCAACACACACAGAACCCCCUCCGGACUUCAAGCACCUACACACACGCAAAUAUGGCUGGCGACCCACGAGCUUUGCUUCGUCAGGCCGAGACGUCGCUGCAGAAGGCAUCUGGCGGCUUCAGCUUCUUCGGUGGACGACAAGACAAAUACGAGGCAGCAGCAGAGCAAUUCAUCGCCGCAGCGAAUGCGUUCCGCAUGCAGAAAAUGGGCAAGGAGGCCGGCGAAGCAUUUGAGAAGGCAGCAUCGGUCCAGCGCCAACAGCUGAACGAACCCGACGACGAGGCCAACACACUCACAGAAGCCUUCAAGGCUUACCGCAAAGAUGACCCAGAAGCAGCAGCGAGGUGCUUAGAUAAGGCCAUUGCACACUACUGCAGCAAGGGCAACUUCCGCCGUGCAGCGACUCACAAGCAGAACCUUGCCGAACUUUAUGAAGUGGAGCUUGGUGAUAACGCUCGUGCAGGUGCAGCUUACGAGGAGGCUGCCGGCUGGUAUGAAAGCGACAACGCAGAGGCACUCGCAAACAAGCUCUGGUUGAAGACCGCAGACCUUGUUGCGCUAGAAGGCAAGGACUACUACAAGGCCAUCUCGCUGUACGAGAAGGUUGCCAAGACGUCCAUUUCGAACAACCUCAUGCGCUGGUCCGUUAAAGAGUAUCUGCUCAAGGCCGGCAUCUGUCAGCUGUGCACCGGCGACCAGGUCGGCGUCAACGCUGCGCUCGACAGGUACAGGGAGUUGGACCCCAGCUUCAGCCAGCAGAGGGAGCACCAGCUUCUGUGUGACUUGGCAGCGGCGGUUCAGGAUGGCGACCAGGAAGUCUUCGCUGAUAAGCUGUUCCAGUAUGAUCAGAUGAGCAAGCUGGACAAGUGGAAGACGACAUUGUUGUUGAGGAUCAAGGGGACUAUUGAGGAAACUGGUGAAGAUUUCUCGUAG